CUAUAAAUGAACAGUUCCAACUGGAGAGGCUACUCUCAGUUAUUUACUGAAGCUAAAUCUGUAGACAAUAGGUUUGUGAAACAAGAUUAUAAAGACGGUUUACAUCCAAAAGUUAAGAAAAUAAAAGCCAGAGAAGUCAAUUUGUUUAAGAAUGACCCGAUAAAAAUAAGGAUCAUCCAAUCAAGACCAUUCAAUAAAGCUUGUGUCAUCCAGAUACGAUUCACUUCCAAUUGCUGGAUCACAAAUUAAUCAAGAAUUUUUAAAGUAUAAGAAAGAUUUAGAAAAGAAAGUCAGAAUUGAAAGAAAUAAUUUCAAAUAGUCAAAAGAAAGAGAGACAAAUAUUGCAAUCGUCUAAGAUCCCCCUGCCUGAUAAAUUUAAUGUUAACCAACUUCUCAGGAGAAUAACAACUUUAAUGGUGGAUAAGAAGAUUAAUGACCACAAGUUACAAUCGCAGCAAAGCAGUGUUUUUAAUCCUCAAAGAUUUAUAUCACCAAGAGCUUCAGACAAAAAGAAACUUUUGUUCUCUCAAUCUUUAAGAGCAGGAGCAAUAUCUCUUCCCAAAUAAAGCUCAAGGGCGCUCUAAUGGAUACACAGAAGCUCUACGUAAAAAUAAUAAUAGGCAAAGCAGAUUCAGGCCAUUGAAAGAGAAAGCACCCAAAAAGCUAAAUCUCAAAAAUCUUAACAUGGACCUCAAUGUGAUUGGAGCAGGUUCUAUCCAAAAAGAUACAGGCGAUAAGUUUAAAUUGAUUUGGGACUCCAAAAAGGUUAAAAUGUACCAACAAAAGCUUUCAGUAAUUAACUCAAGAAAGGGUUCUGGAACACCCUCUAACUUUGGAGAAGAUUACUCUAAAAUAAAGUUAAAGCAAGAUAGUUUUCAGGUCAAGCUAGUACCGAAGUUCCUUGAAAGUGGCAUUACCAAAAUAUCCAAAAUUUUAGAUGAUUCUGCUGAUGCAAAUGGAAAAUCAAUUCAGGAACUGAUAACAGACAACUUCGGAAUUAAAUCAACCCCUUAUCACAAAUAUUUCAAUGAAAGUGUAGAGAAAUCCAGGGCUGAAUCAGAGCAUUCUGAAGAACAAGAAGCUAAAGGUGUUCUCAAGAAACGAGAGAAAGGACUUUUUAAGGAAUUAGAACAGAAGUUUAGCAAAAUAGCUCGAUCUAAUGUUUCUGCUAGAGAUAUUCAAAAAUCAUGAGCUUAUGAUCUUAAGUUUCAUAACUUGCUGAAAAGGAUCUGUGGAGAUCAUACCAAGAAACAGUUUAGCAGACAUUUAAAAAUGCUAGAGUUUAGUAAUGGAUAUCAAGUGUCAAAGAGGUCCACAACUGCUUCAAGAUCAAAACCUUUAAGGCAUUUAUUUAAGUCUUUAUAA